AUCAGUAUUCGAUAGUAUACCAAAAGCAAGAGAGGCUGGAAAUUUCCAUAGAAAGAAUGUUUUGGAGAAGGAAUCUCAGCAAAUUUCCGAUUGGGAAGCUGUCAAAUAUCCACCCGUGAAGGCUCCCUUCUUCACCGAAAUUGAGGAUUAUGGCACGGCGUACGAACGCCCGGGGAAACGUGGAAAUUGGCGUACGGCUAACAGCCAAUUUGACCAAGUUGCCCAACCGGGCCCUGAGUUGUUUGAAGACUCUAGCAAUCCUAAUGCAGAGCAACAAAUGGAGCCUGCAUCUUCCGCAGAGACUGGUCUAAUUCAAACAGAAACACCCAAUUUGGGCGAUGAUUGGAAAGAGGCCAAGGACGAAGAGUUAGGAACACCAACGCUUUCGGAGGAGGAAAAAAGGAAGAUGAUGACGAGCGAGCCUGGGCCUGAUUUGGGAGAUGAUGAGGUAGCUUGCUCACGAUUUACGAAUUUAUAUUAUGACACUGAUUUUUUGGCGGGAACAUAG